AUGAGGUCCUCCGUUUUCCGGGCGACCAUCACCCUCGCCAUACUUCUUGGGCAGGUGAUUGGAGUCCAAUUGGAGACUCAAUACGCCCAAUUGCAAAGCCGAGACAUAUCUAUUACACCAAUUCCACGGACAGUUGAUCGUCUUCGCCAUCAAAAUGCCGGAAAAGAAGUCCCUCAAAGGGGCAACAAAGAGCGCCUGGGGAUUCCUGAUAAUAGCAAGGCGGUAGUUCUUGGAAAACGGGCUAAGAAGGCCCAGAAGCCAACAGCCAAACCAGCAGCGAAGACAAGCAAGCCAGCUGUCAAAGCAGCCAAGCCAAAAGCUAAACCAGCUAAACCAGCAGGUAAAGCAGGUAAAGCAGGUAAAGCAGCCGGCAAAGCGGCCAAGCCAAAAGUUAAACCAGCCAAACCAGCCAAACCAGCAGGCAAAGCAGGCAGGCCAAAAGCUAAGGCAGCUAAACCAGCAGGCAAAUCAGGAAAAUCAGGCAAAGCAGCUGCCAAACCAGCCAAGCCAAAAGCCAAACCAGCCAAACCAGCCAAACCAGCCAAACCAGCCGGCAAAGCAGCCAGGCCAAAAGCUAAAGCAGGCAAAGCAGGCAAAGCAGCAGGCAAGCUGGCAACAAAGACAAGAAAGCCAGCAGCUAAAACAGGGAAGACUAGUAAGAAAGGCAAUGCAAGCAAACCCACCAAAUCAGCAAAAGGAGGCAGGCAAGCCAAAGCGACCAAGCCUGCUAAAACCAACAAGACGACAAAAGCCAAGUCAAGACAGGGAAGCAAGCCAGCCAAGGCAGCAGCAGGAAAGCCAAAGACGCCCGCGAAGGCAAAAAAGCAAGGCAAAGCAAAUAAGUCGCCCAAAGCAGCAGCAAAGGCAAGCAAGGCAAAAAAGCAAACCGCAAAAGCAGCCAAGGCAGCAGCCAACGCGAAAAGGCCAGCGAAGGGAACGGGCAAGCCGACGAAGGCUGGCAAGCAGGUCAAGACCAAUAAGCCUGCUAAGCAAGCAUCAAAGGCAAGAAAGCCAACAGCAAAUGCAGGAAAGCCAACAGCAAAGGCAGGAAAGGCUGGUAAACAGGCUAAAGUGAAAAAAUCCAAGCCAGCGGCCAAGGCGAAGAAAAGACCAAAAGUACCGGCCAAGACAGCGAAUUCGAACAAAUCAGCAAAGUCAGCCAAAGCAAAGAAACCUUCAGCCAAGCAAGCGAAGGCAACGAAGAAUUCAAAGGCAAAACAGCAAGGCAGAGUGGGCAAGUCAACGAAUCGUGCCAAAGCCAACAGGACCGGGGAGACGCCGGGCAAGCAAUCCAAGACAAACAAAGCCGGGAAUCGCAAUGGCUCUGGAAAAGCAUCCAAAUCUGCCAAAGCAAAGAAGCCCGGAAAAGCAAACAAAGUUGGCAAGGCUAAAAAUGUCGGCAAAUCAACCAAAGCGAAUAAGCAAGGGAAGCCAAAAAAGAAUGGAAAAGCAGGAAAACAGUACACGCCACAAAAGUCAAGAAAGCCCAAUGCUUCGAAAUCCAGCAAUCACAAAAAGGCCGGAAAAGGCAAGCCUGGAAAUCACCAGAAGGCAAAGUCUUCCAAGUCUGCAAAAGGAAAACUUUCGAAAGUCGACAAAUCUAAAAAUCGAAAGCAAACCAAAGCUGGAGGUCGCAAGAUUGGGAAAGCUGGCAGGGGAGGUGCUUCUAAAAAGGGCAAGGAAACCCCAUCCAAGGCGGCCAAGCCCAGCAGAGCUAAACAGAACAAGUCAGAAAGGGGGAAAGCUAGAGCGGGGAGCAAAGGCAAACCUUCGAAACUAGGCAACGCUCGAAAAUCCAAGGCUCAAGCGCCCAGGAGGGGCAAAGCUGGGAAAGGUAGCCCCGCGAAUCUUGGGAAGACCAAGUCUACAAAGUCUAGGAAAGCGAAGUCUACGAAACAAGCCAAAGGGAAAUCUCCAAACCCUGCUAAAUCCAAGACCAGAAAGACUGGAAAAGGCAAGCCCACGAAGACCAACAAAGGAAAACCGAAUGGAAAAGGAAAGGGCGGCUUGAAAAAGGCAAACAAAUCGAAGAACGCAAGUAGCCCGAAGAAGGGAGGCAAAUUAAAGAAAGGCGUUGACGCCAAGAAGGCAGGUGAUUUAAAGAAGGGAGAAAAGACUUUACAGGAGAGCAAAUCAGCGACACCUGGAAAGGACAAAUCAACAAGCCAGGGCAAAGACAAACAAACAACCUCUCGAGGAGGGUGUCUCUUGAGCAGAUCCGGGGAGGGAGAAGAUGGAGGCAGUUGUGCCAUUAGGCCAGCUCGUACCGAACCCAUUGAACCCUUUGAUGAAAAUAAUAAGCAGCUCGGAUAUGUUGCAGGAGACACGCAGGAGAUCAUAAAUCAUGCUGGUAAGACGUUCAAUAGGUGGGAUGUCGCACGGAAUGAUCUCAACGGCCAGCCGGGAAACAUUAUAAACCAAUUUGGCUUGAAGACUGGUGAUGCGAGCGAGGUUGUGAUAGCCGAUGCGCAGAACAAAGCAGACAAACCGCGAGACCAGGACGGCAAGACCAAAGAAGAAAACAAAGCAGAGGGGAACGACGAUAAGGCAGCAACCUACGAUAAGGCAAGCCAGGCAGAGCUUCUGAAAGGUGUUUACCAAAAGGCGGGACAGGACCCAUCCCAGCUCAACACGGUGCAUCUUAAAGAUAUAAACGAGGAGACGACCAAACCAGCAAUCGGCGAAAUUAGGGGCGGAGCUAAAGGCGAUAUUGUCAUGAGUGAGACUCAGGAACCAGAAAAAUUCAAAAAGAUCAUGGACACUCCGUGGGGAAAGGGAGUUACGAAAAUCGGUAAUGAGUUCAACAAGAAGGUCGACAGUGUCAUCAGUCCUGAGCCCCAGAGGGAGAGACAAAGGCGAAAAGGAUGGGUUGAAAAGGACCCGCAUUUAGAGUUCAAGCUUUCGGACAAGCAGAAUGAGGACACUCAGCAGAGCGGUUAG